CCAGCCCGAUGAGAGGGUGGGGGGCGGCGGCGGCGGCCACGCUGGCACCACGCGGCGGCAAAAGUGUGAGGGCGGUGACGGGUGGGACGGCGGCGUGGCCAGCUGUCGGUGAAGCCCUCACCCGGCGGCAGCCAGUGGGGUUGGAUGUGGCGGUGGCUGUUUCGGGAGGCUGCUGCAGCGCGGCGUUACUGUGCCCUCGGUGCUGCUGAAAGGGAGUUUGGAAUAAGCAGUUUCAGGCAAACAGGCUUCACUUAACCAAAACAAUGUUUGCGGAUUUGGACUAUGAUAUUGAGGAAGAUAAGCUGGGGAUCCCCACUGUACCUGGGACAGUGACCCUGAAGAAGGACUCUCAGAACCUGAUUGGGAUCAGCAUUGGGGGAGGAGCACAGUACUGCCCCUGUCUCUACAUUGUCCAGGUAUUUGAUAACACUCCAGCAGCCUUAGAUGGCACCGUAGCAGCUGGUGAUGAAAUCACAGGAGUGAAUGGGAAGUCCGUCAAGGGGAAGACCAAGGUGGAGGUGGCCAAGAUGAUACAGAUGGUAAAGGGAGAAGUGACAAUUCAUUACAACAAGCUUCAGGCUGACCCAAAGCAGGGCAAGUCUUUGGAUAUCGUAUUGAAGAAGGUAAAGCAUCGACUGGUAGAGAACAUGAGCUCAGGGACAGCGGAUGCCCUGGGGUUAAGCCGAGCCAUACUUUGCAAUGAUGGACUAGUGAAGAGAUUAGAGGAGCUGGAGAGGACUGCAGAGUUAUACAAAGGCUUGACAGAGCACACCAAGAGUCUUCUCAGGGCUUUCUUUGAGCUAUCCCAGACACACAGAGCAUUUGGAGACGUUUUCUCUGUCAUUGGUGUACGGGAGCCACAACCAGCUGCCAGUGAAGCCUUCGUGAAAUUUGCUGAUGCUCAUCGCAACAUUGAGAAGUUUGGGAUUCACCUUCUGAAAACAAUUAAGCCGAUGCUUACUGACUUGAAUACAUAUCUGAAUAAAGCCAUUCCUGACACAAGGCUGACUAUCAAAAAAUACCUGGAUGUCAAGUUUGAAUAUUUGUCUUACUGCCUGAAAGUCAAAGAGAUGGAUGAUGAAGAGUACAGCUGCAUUGCUCUGGGUGAACCCCUCUACCGGGUCAGCACUGGGAACUAUGAAUACCGCCUUAUCCUACGCUGCCGGCAAGAGGCUCGCACGCGCUUUGCCAAGAUGAGGAAGGAUGUGCUAGAGAAAAUAGAGCUCCUGGAUCAGAAACACGUGCAAGACAUUGUGUUCCAGCUCCAGCGAUUUGUCUCCACGAUGUCCAAGUACUACGAUGACUGCUAUGCCGUGCUCCGAGAUGCAGAUGUCUUUCCCAUUGAGGUGGACCUUGCCCGCACUACUCUUAACUAUGGGCAGAAGGACACUUACACGGACGGGGCAGAAGACGAAGAAGAAGAAGGAGGAAGCGAGAGAGAGGGUAGUGGGAAGGAAGACACAAACGGUGAAAAGCUCAUUGAUGAUGCCUGAGUGUGCCAGCAGGGCCAGAGGAAAGGCUUUGCAGACUGUUAUAAAAACAUGUAUUUCACAUGGCAACUCAUCCUCCAUGACUUUCUGUCUAUGUCCAGCCUGGGAUUCCUCCUCUGCUUUGGGUGGGGGUGGCUGGUUGGAUUGGGACCAACCUCUGCUUUCCACUCUCUCCCCGUGCUCGUUUGCCUGGAAAUUCCCUUUUCCUUCAGACACUCCUGCUGCCCAGCUCGGGGAGGAAAAUCCCCUACGACACUGCCGUGCAACUCUGUCUGUACUCUGCCGUGUACAGACUGGACACUGCUGAGUGUGCGGGAUGCACCACUUCCCUCUGGCACGUGGAAGCCAGUUAAACAUCUGGAGAUGAUUACGAAUGGCAAGAACAGCUCCUUCCCUUGUGCGGUAGGAAAGCAUUAGCACCAGCAUUGUUUUCUUCACCCCACUGCUCGCUGUCUUCAAGCUUUCCAUCCUCUGGCCUGUUUUAAGCUUCCUCUGUCUCUUCCAUCUGUCCCCAUGGGCUGCAGGACCAAUUUUUGUAGGAUGAUCACUCCCACCACUCCCAGCUCUCUGCACCACUGGUUUUAAGAAACAGGAGCAAGUGCAAACUGAUGCCUAGGACUGGUGUUGGUACAUGUGAUCUGACCACACCCCCAUCCAAAGCAGGGGCUGGUAGAUGUAGUUGCCUGGCACGCUGAGCUGCUACAAAGAUUUGGAAGUCUGUUCCCCUGGCUAUCAUCCUCUUCAUAGUCCCUGAGCUCCUGCACAGCUGGCACUGUCUGCACACUCCAUAGCUACACCCCAGGGCUAGAAUCCUGCAGGAGGUGGCUCUGCCCUUCCCUGUGGGAAUGAGGAAGGAGCCCUCCUACUCAGUAGAGACCCUGAGGUGAACGCACUUGCCUGAGGCAGACAGGUUCCAGGGAAUAACAGCAAAGCCGCAUGCAUUUCCUUUCUAUCAUUCUCCUCUCUUAUGGCUCCUUGUGAUGGACAAUAACUGAUUCUUGACGAUGUGCAGCCAGUCCUGCACACUCUUUCCUUGUAUGGGUGCCAGGAGAAGCCACCUUAGAACCACAAAGCAGAUAUCCCAUCCUUAAACUAGAGACAGGAAGCCUUGUGGAGGGAGGAUGACGUGGCCUGUAGGCAGAGACUCUGAGAUUUUGAGUGCCAUGUGUAAAUAGUGUACCACCCCUACCACCCCCUGCUCUCCUCUGCACAACCAUUUUGUGCUGCCUCCGGGCCAGCUGGAAGCAGUAGCUGACAUCCCAUUGCCCAGCACAAGGGAAGGAGGGAAAGGAAAACCAAAGUAACUGGGGCUGCUUCUUUCCUCCUUCAUUUUCUCCCUCCACCCUUGUGGGCUGAUCCCAGACGCAGGCGGCACUUUGUCCUUUAGCGGGCAGCACAACUGCCAGGCGUGGUGUGCUUCUCAGGCAAGAAUUUUGACUUCUCUGUCAUUACCUUCUAGUGGUAGUGAGAAAAGUUAUUUAAGGGCAUUAAUUUAUGAUCGAGAUGUUUGUUUUGUUUUUUCUCUUUGAUUUGUUUUUGGAGCUUCUUUAUCUCUGUGGGUGCUCGGAAGAAAGCCAUCCAUGGUCAAGCUGCCCUGGAAGGUUUACACAGACUGAUACACUGACUGUUGUCUCUAAUAAAGAAAAAUGUGACAUUUC